UUUUCAAUUAUAACACUCUCUCCAAAAGUGCUGUUUGUUGGAAAUACCAUGGCUUCCCAAGAAUCAUCACAUGCUCUGCCUCCUUUGCCCGAAUCCCAAACAAGUCCUUAAUUUGUUGUCAUUGUGAUGAGUUUGGCAACACAACCGAGCGAACCCUCCAUGUGGAUGCUCUGUUCAUGGUCGUCUCUAACAUCAUGGAAGCCUCACGUAAGAUCUCGGAUCCAAACGUAAAGUUUAAUGUUAACAAGGAGGCCAACUCAAGUCCUUUCGGUUUCAAUUCACCCACAGAACGGCUUUGGAAAAUUGCUUGUCAGAUGACGAGUACAGUUGUUGAUAAGAAAUACUCGCAUGCACACGAAACAGCAAAGAGGAUAAUCACAGAUCUGAAGGAAUAUCCAUGGCAUGCAAGAGCAGUGAUGGCACUAGCAGCAUUUGCUUUAGAUUAUGGGAAUUUCCAUCUUCUUUUUCAGGUUAAAGAUGGCGACCACCUUGGAGCAUCAUUGGCUGUCUUGAAUGACGUUCAAGGAAGCAUCAUCAGUACUAUAAGGAAACCGUUUCCACAUACCACUGUCUGGUGAGGAAUGUUUUCUUAACUGUCCAUGUUUGGUUAAGUUGAUGGGAAUGUUGCAGCGACAUGAUUAUGCCAAAUUUGAGGACAUGAUUCCCACUUUGGACAAAGCUAGGCAUGAAUUCCCUGAUUUUGUUUAUUGGGCUGUCUUUGCGACUGUUGUUUGCAGCAGCACUCUUUACAUGGGCUCCAGUGGUUGGGUCAGCAACGGCACACUAUCCGAAACUAGAGACUGGAUUUCCCACGUUCUUGAAACAUUACAUGACUACCUGAAGCAGAUAGAGGAUGUGAAAGGUAUCAUGGAUGAAUAUUUAGAACGCCAAGCUGGGGCAUUCCUAACUCCUACAGGAAUUUUACAAGUUUUGAAUGGCUGUUAUUCCCCAAAGAUAAGAAGAGCACUACGUGUAUUACGGCUCCAUGAAAUCAAGGGUGAAGAUCGAUGAUGAAAUGUUCGAGAAUAAGUGUGUGUUGCUGUUCAUUUCCGAACUGUUCGGCAUCGAAGAGGAGAUUAAGCUUUUGAAAAAAAUCAGCGAAGAUUUGGCGUCAGAUCCAAAUUGCGAAAAACAUGGGAUGCGAAAGAAUGACUUCAGGAUCUUGUGGGUCCCCAUUGUUUUCUUCUUCUUCUUCUUCGAAGAGUGAGAAGAUCAAGAACACAAUUCAACGUUGUCGCAGAACAAUUUGUUACAUGGUCGUGUGUGGUGGAUUAUUCCAUUGUUGAACCUGCAAGCCAGAAACUGAUCAAACAGGACCUGGGGUACAUGAAAAAGCCUAUGGGUGUAGUGUUCAACCAACGAGGAAGAAGAACAAAUAACGAUGCGUGCCCAUGUUAUCUGCAUGGGGAUGCCAUGCAUUCCCAUGGGUACAGGAGAUGAUUUG